AUGUCUGGUGUGAAAAUAAGCUUAAAAAAGAAACUGGGACCAAAGAAAUUAUUGCGUCUGAAAGAAGAAGAUACACUACUGGACAAAAUCCCCAUUGACUCAUUCUCAAAGGAAAAAUCAAAGCCCAAAGCUAAGCUUGUUAUAAAGCCAAACAGUAUUUGCAAUUCUUUGCAACAAGAAACAGCACCUAAACUUGCAUUUGGGUUAACUGAAUUUGAACCAACCGAGAUGAAAACGAAUGAAAUAUCAUCAGAAUCAAUUGUCAGAAAACGCAUUUUUGUCGAUUCUGAUGAAGAAAGCGACUCCGAACAAGCAAUUCCAGUGGAGGAGUUCGGAGCAGCAUUUUUAAGAGGAUUCGGAUGGGAUGAGACAAAAGAAGAAGAAAAAGGAGAAGAAGAAAAAGAGACAAAAGAGUCCAUUACAUUUGAGCAUAGACAGAGAGGCUUGACAUUAGGUAUUGGAGCUAAAACGAAUAAUCCAGAUUUGAUUCAGGAACUCCAUAAAGAGCAAGAAAUCCCACUAGUGAAACGUGAUGUAAAACGUUGA